AAUAAUCAUAUCUUUAUUUCAGUUGCAACAUUAAAUAAGUUGAUGACACUGAUACUAUCACUGUUUAGAAUGGGACUCCAAGAUGUGGCCCAUCCAGGAUAAAAUAGGUCAGGCCAUAAUGUGUACACACAGCCCAGCCGUCGACAUCCGUUGUGUACAACCCUGAACAUGGCCGGUGUCACCCUCGACCUCUACACAGUCGAUGCCUUCACUGACGUCCCCUUCAAAGGCAACCCGGCUGCCGUCUGUCCCUUGCCGUCCCAAGUUAAUCUAGACGAUGAUGUCCUGCAGAAGAUCGCCAUGGAGAUGAACCUGUCUGAAACUGCAUUUAUCAAACUUUUAGACAAGUCGGACAGUUUCAAGGGAAGUAAUACGUUUGGUUUGAGGUGGUUCACUACAAAAGAAGAAUUCAAAUUGUGCGGCCAUGCUAAAUUGGCAUCAGCAGCUGUUUUGUUUGGAAAAUUGGGUGAGUAA